CUGUGCUUUCCUUUUCCAGGAAGCGAGGGCACGUCAAAUAAACAGUCUCUUUAAUAAGUGGAUUCCCCUGUGGCAGGUGGUCGCACCAAAAGCUGCCUGAAAUUAAAGAUUGGAGAGGUGGACAAUUAAGGCAUUCUGUCCAUCAAGUCAGUCCACUCAGCAGUUUCCUGCCUUAACCUAACAUGUCUGAUCUUAGACAAGACGGUGACUUAGACACAGACCAUGCGGAGGAUUUCUCCCUGAUAAACAGUCGCCUGGACUCGUUCCGUGGCUCUGGUCUGGCCCAGCAGGUGUCAGCUGAACGAUUGGCCCGGGCCGGCUUCUACUUCACCGGCUAUGCCGACCGUGUUUGCUGUUUCAGCUGUAAGAAGACAGUGGAAAACUGGUGCAGGGGAGACACACCUGUAGAGAGACAUAAAGAGGUUUCCCCGUCAUGCAGGUUUCUAAGCUGCACGCACCGUACCAAUUUGAAUAACACACUGACUAAUGGUACCACAUAUAAUGAAGAAGCAGAAGACAUGGAAUAUCGUUUGAGAACAGGAGAGGUUGUCGAUGAGUCCACCUACCCAAUGGUUCCUCACAUGAGGAGUGAAGAGGCCCGGCGUCAGACCUUCUCUUCUUGGCCCUCUACUGCUCCUGUGAGACCCAGAGAUCUAGCCGAAGCCGGCCUCUACUAUGUACGAGAGGGCGACCGGGUGCAAUGUUUUUGCUGCGGUGGCAUGCUGGGUGGCUGGGAAGCAGGGGAUACCGCUUGGGGAGAACACACCAAACAUUUCCCCCAUUGCUUCUUUAUCCUUGGCCACGAUGUGGGCAACAUCCCAUUUCAGGGGGGUACAGAGGAGGAGGAGGGCAGCAGAAGACAAGGCGCAAGCUCUCAUGUCCAUAUGGGGAGUUAUGAAGAGAGGCUUGGUAGCUUUGCAGGUGUCCAGCAUCCUAUUGACCAUGAGAGGCUUGCCAGGGCUGGCUUCUACAGCACAGGGACAGGAGACAGGGUUUUGUGUUUCUGCUGUGGUGGAGGUGUAAAAAGCUGGCAACCUGAGGAAGACCCAUGGGAAGAACAUGCCAAACACUACCCUGGAUGCAGAUUCUUGUUAGCGGAAAAAGGACAAGAAUUUGUCAACAGCAUCCAGCUACAGGACCCACGACGAAAUGGAGCUACUUCGAGUCAUCAGAAUGGAUUUUCAGUAGAUAGAAAUGAGGUGCUGCGGUCUGCCAUGGCUCAGAAGGCCAUAGAGAGGGGUCUGGAUCCCAGUGUGGUGGAAAAGACCAUCUUGGAGAAGAUCAGCAGGACGGGCACAAGCUACUCCACCCUGGAAGCACUUAUGGAGGAUUGCAAUAACAACAUGCGAGAGAGCGAUUCCAUGUCAGCGGAGCAAGAUGAAGACCCACUGAAGGAACUACGAAUGCUGCAAAGGGAAAAACAGUGUAAAGUAUGUAUGGACAGAGAUAUUUGCAUUGUCUUCAUCCCAUGCGGUCAUCUGGUCACUUGUAGGGAGUGUUCAGAGUCACUCAGCAAGUGUCCAAUCUGCUGUGGAGCCAUAACACAGAAGAUCAAGACUUAUGUGACUUAAGGAAAUCACAGACUCUUGCCAAAAUUUCAGUGCUGCUUUCUCACUAUCCUUAUUAUAUUGUAUUUUAAUAUUGAUUGUAGAUAGCCUGUAAUAUAUUUAAGGAUGUUGUAUGUAUGAGUUUGAGAAUAAAAGACUUAAUAAAUGUCACAACAAAACAAUAUUUUCACAAUCACUGACAUGGUAAAUAGUUGUAAAUAUUGAGAUCAUAUGAUAUUAUAAAUUGCUUAUGUUGACUUUCUAGGUCUAUAAUGAGUACUCCAACCUGUAAUAAUCACAUGACAGGAGAGUAACCAUUUUCUUACCAGAGGUGCCUUUCUCUAAGUUAAUGUACUAAUUUUCCUAUUUUAUUUUGGGCAUUUCGCACAGUUUAAUUAAACUCGACAUUGGAUGUAAUACUGGUUUCAUACACUAAUGUGCGCCGCUCAUCUUGUCUGGUGUAUUGUUUUAUUUUUCUCGAUGUGUGCAACUUUGUAAAAAUAUUUUAGAUAUGUAUCAGUAAAUCCAUUAAUACUUACAAUGGACAAAAUAGGGCCUGCAAUUAAUCAGUGUGGUGUGAAAUCCUUUUUUCCAUUCCAUUAUGCAAUCUGUUGCUUCA